ACAGGCCUCUGGACUUUAGUAUCAGAUGUUAACAUCUCUAAUGAAGACAUGUACUUCAAAAUUAUACUGAUUUUCUCAGGAGCAGUUUCCAUCUAUGCUCAAAGAAGUCAUGAACUUUGUCACAAUUAUGGCUGCUAUGAGUCGAGUGAUACUCAACUCUGUGUGACACUGGAUGGUGAUGAUGUCUACUACGCUGACUUUAAAGAAAAGGGUCUUGUUUGGGAAAGCAGAAUCCCUUCAAUGUUCCACUCUCCCUGGGCUUACAAAUAUGCCAAACUUUACAGACAAAGCUGCAGAUAUGAUUUGCUCAAAUGGAAACCAGACACGUCUGCUGCAACAAAGACCAAAGAGACACCAGAAAUCCUCAUCUACCCCAGAGAUGAAGUGAUAGAAGGAGAAGAGAAUACACUCAUCUGCUUCAUCAACCAUUUCUUCCCUCCCUCCAUCAACAUAAAGUGGACCAAGAAUGAUGUAGAAGUAACAAUGGAAGAUGCUUUCAACAAAUGCUUACCCAAUCCUGAUGGGACGUAUCAUGUUUUGUCCAACCUGAACUUUGUCCCAAAGGAAGGAGACCUCUAUGGCUGCACUGUGGAACAUGCGUCGCUGGAGAAGCCUCAGACUCAGUUUUGGGAAACUGACACAGAUGAGACGAACAUUGGUCCAGAUGUCAUUUGUGGACUUGGCCUGAGUCUUGGACUUCUUGGAGUUGCUGCAGGAACAAUAUUUUUUGUGAAAGGAAACGAAUAUCAGGGCUUCCUUGUGACCCAGUAGUUAAGACCUAUAAUAUAUACAGCACUGUUAUUUCAUCAUCCCUGGUUUGUUUCUGGCCAUUGACAUUUGUUUCAUGGUACUUCCAGGGUUUUCCCUGGGUUUUUUCGAGACCAAGGUGGCAAAGGCCUGUGGCGGGGGGCAUCUUAACAGCUGUACUUUUAGAUACGGUCCCCCCAUCUAUUAAAUAUGAAAGGAGGCCCCCACAUACUUGAGCUUUACACUGCUGACUUGUAUCAUCAGAACAGACAUGUCCUGUGAUUUUCAGCCUUCUAUGAUCAUAUUUACCCUUUACAGCAGGCACAUCCUGACAGCUGAGAAUAUUACUAUCAGGUAUUGUCCCCCCUCUAUUAAAUAUGAAAGGACACUGAAAAUCACAGGACAUGUCUGUUCUGAUGAUACAAGGCAGCGGUCCUGAAAUGUGCAUUUCUCUUCUAUAAUACACAUUCUACAUCUCGGAGGUGACAUCCUUCCACAUAUGGGCUUCCUUCGCCUUUCAAAUGGGGCAGAGCUCCGUGGGAUCUGACACACAACACUGGAGGGAGAAGCACGUCCAUGGAGCUGUGCGCCGGACGAAAGAACAAGCACGUUGCACCGAAUGCGCGCCGCUAUGGCGUCGCUUUGGGUUGUGAGCGGCAAUAACGCAGGUCUACAUUAAAAGUAAUGGGUUUGUGUGUGCAAAAGACGCUACAUCUGAACGCCCCCAUGCACACACAUGCUUUAACCAAGGCGGCGGCCAAAAUCACCCAGGCGGCCCGCCUUUGUCUUAGAUAGUCAGGGAAAACCCUGACUUCCACCUUUCUCUGCUCCUUUGUUUCCUGACACCUCUCAACUGUCUACUUUGAGUAAAGGCCAAGAUGCCUGCUCAAAAAAAGGAAAUGUAUGCAUAUGAGUCAAGCUGAAUCACUUUUAUAUCUGUAAUUCAUUGACUUUUCAGUAACACUUUCUAUGAAGAUCACAUCUAUAAUGCCUUAUGAGGGCAUUUAGAGUGAAUUAUAAUGCAUUUAUAAGGCUCUAUAUCUACACUCAUUAACACUCACAGUGCUUCCUGAUGCACUUUAUCACCAGUCAUAAAACAUUAGAGAUGUGUCUUAUAAUGUAUUGUAAGUGUCUUACACAACACUCUGUCACUUCACAGCUGUCCAAAACAUGUGGUUUGUGCCAAGCGGACAUGGUUGCCAGUAUUUUUUCAUUAUUGCAAGAAAUUCCAUUGACUCAUUCACAAGUCAAAAGUGUGUUUUAUUUGAAAGAAACAUGCAAUAUUUUCAUCUAAGAUAACAGAAAAAUAGUAAUAAUAUUACUCCUCACUAUAUGAAGUGACUGAUAACAAGAUCUGUACAAUGGGUUGUGAAGAAAUUCGUCAGGUUUUUAUUUUGUAGACAAUUGAUUUGUAUUUAUAGCAUGAUGGGAUGACAGCACAAUGAUGUGUGUGGUAUCACUGGAAAGCUCUGGUCCUGCGCUUUCAUGUGAUAUGCGUGGCAUUUCUGUGCAACCCUGCAUUCGCGAGUAUCCAUCCAUGAGUAAUGUGUGUGCAAAGCUGUAUGAAAGCUUUGUUAUACAUCAUUUUGGUGUAACUUUAUCAUUUUUUUUCGCUGUGAAAACAUUGGACUACUGUUUCACGUGAUAUGCGUGGCCUCUCACUAUGACGCACGGUUACGGAGAAAAUCCAUAGAGAAGAACUGGUGUGAAUUUGGAAGCACUAUGCGUCAUUCGGGCCCAUAGGGUUUGGUUCACAACACGUUCACAACAAUUUAAAAACAUAACACAUUAACCUGCUUUUCUCAGGGGUAUUGUCAAAGAGUUUGUUGAAAUUUGUUAAAGAUUUGUCGGUCUGAAAUAUUGUUAGGCCUUAAAUAACAGAUUUCC